AUGCCUUCCAAGCUUUUCUCUCUCCUUUUUAGUCUCAUGCUUUGGCUCUCUUUGCUCUUGUUUUCUGUCCAUGGUUGGUUUCAUAUCGUUUCCAAUAACAGCAGCACUGACCACCUUAACCCUACCGCUACUACUACUACUCAGCCAUAUUCUCUCGGCUCUCAUCAUCGCCAAACUUUGAGAAACCGGAAAGCACUUGUCGCAGCGAAAUUCGACUUCACCCCGUUUGUCCGCCGGCAUCACCAACAGCAUCGCCUUAACAGACAUGUGCCAGAGCGCCCUGAGCCUGGCGGAGCCGAGAUAGACCCUCGUUAUGGUUCUGAAAUGCGCCUUGUUCCCACUGGUCCAAACCCAUUGCACCAUUGA